UCCCUCCCCUCGGCUUCCGCUGCUAGGGUUCUUCUUCUCGCCCUCGCCGACUGCCACGCCUCUCUUCGCCACCCGCUUCCCGCUCCCACCCCCGCCGCCGCCGCCGCCAUGGUGAGGCUCAACGCCGACCUGAUAUGGAAGAGCCCGCACUUCUUCAACGCCAUCAAGGAGCGCGAGCUCGACCUCCGAGGCAACAAGAUCGCCAUCAUCGAGAACAUCGGCGCCACCGAGGACCAAUUUGACACGAUUGAUUUGUCGGACAACGAGAUUGUCAAGCUUGAGAACUUCCCUUUCAUGAAUCGCCUUGGCACUCUGUUAAUCAACAACAACAGAAUUACACGUAUCAAUCCCAACCUUGGUGAGUUUUUACCCAAGAUGCAUACUUUGGUGCUGACGAACAAUCGCCUCACAAGUCUUGCGGAGAUUGACCCCCUGGCCUCUCUUCCAAAGCUGCAAUUUCUCAGCUUACUGGAUAAUACCGUAACUAAGCAACCAGAUUACCGGUUAUAUGUGAUCCACAAGCUGAAGCAUCUGCGUCUCUUGGACUUCAAGAAAGUGAAACAACAGGAGAGAGCUGACGCAGCACAAAAGUUCCACUCAAAGGAGGCAGAGGAGGCGGCAAAGAAGGUUGCUGCCAAAGCUUAUACUCCAGUAGUGAUGGAUUCUCAAGGCACCACAAAAGAUCAGGGCCCUAAAGUAGUCGCUCCAACGCCUGCGCAGAUCACAGCUAUCAAGGCUGCUAUUGUGAACUCUCAGACACUUGAUGAAGUAACAAGGCUUGAGAAGGCGCUGAGCACUGGC